AUGCCUCGAAGACAUUUGGAUAAAAAUGAACGAGGGCCUAAACUAAAUGAACCUGUUUGUAUUGGAGAAGAUGUGAAAAUUGGAAUUCACUUGGCAAUAGAACGAUUUAGAUUGGAUGCUACUCAACAGGAGUUGUGUUUCCCUUCAUCCCUGUCAACAACUGAAAGAGCUUACAUACAUCGCUACUGUAAUCAGCUGAGUGAUUUGAAGGCUAGAAGCAGAGGCCAUGGUCAGAAUCGAUGUAUAUCAGUACGCAAAAUUGAAGGUGGAAGGAAAGGCACAACAUUGCCAUCUCUGUUUUCUCUGGCCCAUAAUGCCUCUCAAGUGAAUGCUGUGCUCAGCAAGUACCCUGUAACAGCGAAGGAGAAGCAAGAUUUGACACCGCAGCUUGUGAAGUCUGCAAAUGCUAAUGAAAGUCGAGACAAGUCAAACUUUGGACGCUUGACCAAUGUGGUCCCCCAAAUACCAGCGAAGCGAGGAACUUCAGAGCUGGGCAAGUUCCGUGAGAUGCUUCCGGUAUUUCAGAUGGGAAAUAAAAUUAUGGACGUCAUAAAUGCCAAUAGGGUGGUGUUGAUUGCAGGAGAGACUGGUUCUGGUAAAACAACUCAGGUUCCCCAGCUAAUUUUAGAUGACUGCUCUGAGAAAAAGGAAGCUUGCCGUAUGUUAUGUCCUCAGCCUAGAAGGAUAGCUGCUGUAAGCAUUGCAGAGAGAGUAGCAGCGGAGAGGGGAGAGCGCCUUGGGCAUACUGUUGGUUACCAGAUCAGACUUGAAAGCAAAAUUUCACAGAAGACUGUGCUUACUUUCUGCACAACUGGUGUCCUGUUGCGGACAUUAAUGGGAGGGGAUGCUUGUCUGAGUAGUGUCACACACAUCAUUGUGGAUGAGGUGCAUGAAAGAGACAGAUUUACAGAUUUUCUCCUACUGUGCUUGAAAGAGGCAUUGCCACAUCACCAGAAUCUGCGUGUGAUUUUAAUGAGUGCUACAUUGAACACAGACUUGUUCUCUGAGUAUUUUAAUUGCUGCCCAAUAGUCUCAGUUUCUGGAAAUAUGUUUCCUGUUGAAGAGUAUUUUCUCGAAGACAUUUUGAAAUGGACUGCAUAUAAGAACAAGGCAAUGGACAAGGCGUUGUUGACGACGCAGAAAUCAAAAGUUCAGGAAGAGUGCCUGAGUGAAUGGUGCAGUAAGCAGCUGAACAUUGCUGAAUCUGCAAUAGGUAGUGGAACAGAGGAAGACUCUGAUGUUACCACAUCAGAUAACGCAGAGCUGGGAGAAGAAAAGGAAGAACUGGAACCAUGGGUGAUCGAAGAGAUGGACAGACUGCUAAGAGAGGUGUGGUUGACUGGCAGUGAGGAGCUUUUCCAUCAGAUUCUGUAUCUGAUCAGUAGUGAGAAUGUCAGUGUUGACUAUGUGCAGUCUGAAACGAGUACGACACCACUGAUGAUUGCUGCUGCUCGAGGAUUCAUUAACGUUGUGGAGCACUUGCUGAACCUUGGAGCCGAUGCUGGUCUCAGAACAUCCAACAACUGGACAGCUCUGGACCUGGCCAAGAAAUUUCAGAGGAAUGACAUUCUGGAGUUGCUGGAGGCCCACCUAGCAUCGCUGGAUUUGGCUCAUAAUACAGUCAGCGAAGACUUGCAGCUGGUCUCGGAGGAGGACAGGGAACUUCUCUCCGUCUAUCAACACAGCUUUGAUGAUGAGAAAGUGGAUAUUAAUCUGGUCACUUGUCUGAUCCACCAGAUCCAUACAGGGGAAAGAGAAGGAGCCAUCUUGGUAUUUUUGCCUGGAUAUGAUGAAAUCAUGAAUUUGAAAGUCGCUAUAACGGAGGAUGUUCGUUUUCAACAAUCCAGGUUUGUCAUCUACACACUUCACUCAUCACUGCAGUAUACUGAUCAGAAAAAGGUGUUCAAGCCAUCUCCUCAAGGAAUAAGAAAGAUAAUUUUAUCUACAAACAUUGCAGAGACUUCUAUCACCAUCAAUGAUGUUGUUUUUGUUAUUGACUGUGGCAAAGUGAAAGAGAAAACCUAUGAUGCUCUGACAUCCUUGACAAUGCUAAAAAGCAACUGGAUAUCCAAAGCCAGUGCUCUGCAGCGAAAGGGAAGGGCAGGGCGUUGCCAGAGCGGCAAGUGCUAUCAUCUGUUCAGCCGAUCCCGGUACAUGCACCUUCAGGACUACCAGACCCCAGAAAUUCUGCGAUUACCUCUUCAUGAGCUGUGUUUGCAUACCAAGCUGUUGGCUCCAAACUCCCAGUCAGUGGAGACUUUCCUUAGUAAAUGCCCACAGGCACCUCCACAGUUGGUCAUCAGAAAUGCCAUUCAGAAUUUGAAGAAAAUUGAUGCUCUAGACACCUUCGAAGAUAUGACAGAACUUGGUCAACACCUUGCUGAUCUGCCUAUAGAACCAAGAUUGGGCAAGAUCAUUCUGUAUUCUGUUGUGCUGAAGUGCCUGGAUCCUGUUCUCACUAUUGUCAGCACAUUGUCCUACAAAGAACCAUUUAUAAUUCCAGCCUUACCAUCAGAGAGAAGGUCAGUCAUGGGGAAAAGAAAGAAAUUUGCUGAAGAUACAUACAGUGAUCAUAUGGCUUUUCUUCGAGCAUUUCAGAGCUGGCAAAAAGCAAGAGCAGAAGGAUGGGAAAGGGCAUUUUGUGAAAAGAACUUCAUCUCCUCCUCCACCAUGGAAAUGAUUCAUGGAAUCAGAAUGCAGGUUCUGGCUCAGUUACGAGCCUCGGGUUUCCUGAGAGCCAAGGGAGCUGGUGACAUUCGAGACCUCAACACAAACUCUGACAACUGGGCAUUGGUGAAAGCUUGCCUGGUGGCAGGCACAUAUCCUAAUAUUAUACAGCGAGACCGCACAAACUGUCUCUGCACCACAACUGAGAAACGAGUCAGGUUUCACACUUCAUCUGUCCUGCAGCCAGCAACCUCGGUUACUAGUGUGCUCCCAGCAAAUUCCAUGAAGAAAUUUGUGAAGACACUUCCCUCCAAAUGGCUGAUUUAUGAAGAGAUGUCUCGAUCGCAGCGGGUUUCUCUGGCAAAGUACUGCACCUUGGUAUCACCUGCAGCUAUGUUUUUGUUUGCUGGCCACAGUAAAGUGACAACAGAUGCCAUUAAGCAGUCUGAAGAUCCAGAAGAUGGUGGUGAUAGGCAUGCUGGAAAUGUGACUGUCAAACUGGAUGAGUGGAUCUCUUUUGUGUUCGAAUCCGUGACGAAUGCAAAGACUGCAGUGCUGUUUCGAAUGAAGUGGCAUAGCCUGUUUUUGAACAGAAUGAGGCACCCAAAUCGCCCUUGGACACAGGCAGAGGAGGCAGUUCUUCAAGCUAUCUGUGCUGUUUUAACUAAUGCAGAGAAGACCAUGGGCUUUGAAAACCCAGUAGGAAUUGGUCAGCAGCCUAGAGUCUUUGAACCAACAGGCUUUGAUGAUUACUACAAUAGACCAGGCAGUACCACUGGCUACCAGCACCCAUACUAUCAUCAACAACAGCAGCAACAGCAUCUCAAUCAGCAACAUAUACAACAACAACAGCAACAAAUGUACAGAGGUCACGGCAGUGCAGCUGGCAGGGGGUACUCCAGUCAGCAUCAGAAGAACUUUCAAAGCUACACAAAAUCACAACCCAUCAACAGUGGGGCUAAAGAGGACAGCAGAGGCUCUGCUCUGAAUAACUCCUCUCAUGUAGCGUCUCCUGCCCCACCUGCAGCUACCACAAUGGCAGGCAACAAGACAACCUCUCAAACAAUAGAAGAUGGAAGAUACUUCCUGAUGAGAUGUCAUAACCAGAAGAUUAUUGACAUGUCGGAAGCCAAGGGAAUUUGGGCAUGCUCAUUUGCAAAUGAAGCCAAACUUGACAGGGCAUUUCAUAGUGGGAAAAAUGUAUUCCUCAUCUUUUGUGUGCCGGGGAAUGGAAACUUUCAGGGAUACGCAAGAAUGACUUCACCUGUCACCAGAAACAGAGCUCCAGUUUUUCCUGGGUCGGGCUUCACUGUUGUUUUUGACAUUGAGUGGAUAAAACGGGCAAUCCUUCCAUUCUCCAUGACAAAUUCAUUAUUAAAUUCUUGGAAUGAAAACAGGAAAAUCCAUUCAGGCAGAGACGGGCAGGAAAUUGAAACAAAAGUUGCUGUAGAGCUAAUGAGAAUGUGGGACACACAGCAGCUGAGAUGCCCUCAGACUGGGGGAAAGAAGAAAGCCGGUGGCCAACAAACUUUAAAGCCCACUUUUCCACAGAAGCAGCCUCAGAAAACUGAAAAAAGAAGAUCAGAAAACACCCCAUCCAGUGAUGAUCGCAGUGAUAAGGAACGGGGUGAAGUAUCUCAGUCCAGCCCCAGCCCUGCUUUGUCGACAAAUACCAACAACAGUUCUGGUGACAGCACCAGCAGAACCAGCAGUCCUGCACACAAACCUCAAGCAGAAGGAGGCGGAGGGCAGUUGCAGGGCAUCUCGGGCAGUUCCCAGCCAGGUCUCAUUAUGCAAAGCCCAGCUCAGCUAAUGCCCCAGGGUUUUGCAGCUGGGAAUGCAAACAAGAGCUACUACUCCAACACAUACCAGCAGCAGCAGCAACAACAAGGGGUGUUUGGAAAGCCCACUUUAAGUGUUGCCAACAAUGCUCCAGGUCUGAACCCAUUACUCAUGGCCCAAGCAGGUCUUAUUGGUCAAGGCCUAACUGUCGGCCCCCAGGCUGGGCUGUCACCAGUUAUGAUUCUCCAUCGAGGUCACCCCAGCCCGGCCCCGCAAACACCACAGCCACACUACUUCAGUGGGGGGCAGUACAAUCAUCAUAAAUAG